AUGCCUUUCACUGCUUCUGAUAUCUGCAAGAUCAUCUUCGCCAUCAUCCUGCCUCCUCUGGGUGUCUUCCUGGAGCGCGGAUGUGGUGCCGACUUCUUGAUUAACAUCUUGUUGACCAUCCUGGGUUGGUUGCCUGGUGUCAUCCACGCCUUUUACAUCAUAUUCAAAUAUUAA